AUGGAAACCCCCAGCUUCCAUUGUCCAUUAUACAUGCAGAUGGUACCAGAUAUCGACUCUGUCCCACUCACAUCACCUCAAAACAAUGUCAACAACUUGAAAUGGGAAGAAGACCAAGAAGCUGGCUCUCAGCUGCAACUGCUGCAGGCCGUACCACAGACAUUGGCCUCGCCGCUGCUCCUUCGACACCAAUCUCUUCAAGAACAAUUUUCACGACCUCUCUUCCCACCCUCUUUGCAACCGCGAACGAGAGUUCUACCUGGACUUCAAUCUCAUGGUUAUCAUCCGUUGCAUAUGGAGAAAGAAACUCAGCCAAAUCAGUCCUCAGCGAAGCGCUCGGGUUUGGGCUACACCCUGGCCUGUCUGAAUUGUCGAGUGAAAAAGAUCAAGUGUCAACCGGAAGACGGCGGGUGUGACAAAUGUAAAAGACUGGGAAUUUCAUGCCCUGGACCUGAGUUUGAUGAACGAAAAAGACCAUCUUCCAAGCGCUAUAUUCGAGAGCUACACAGUCAGAUUGAAGAUCUUCAACAGAAACUUCGUGAGAUUGAAUUCCAGAGAAAGGUCCAGGCCCGUGAGAUAUUAACUCUGUACGAGCUCAAUCAAUUUCCUAGCUACCAUCCGUCGUCACUCCCCAAGACACCUCCUGGCAAUAUUAUUGCCUGUCUCUGUGAUGGUAGAUAUCAACUCGAUGGCACACCGAGAUAUGCUGGUCCAACAUCUAGCUUGCACCUGACUCUCAAGGAGGAUGAUAAGAAUGAGGUCUGGUCUUCUGUUGAGGCUUGGAAAGAGGGGACUGCAGGAUCGUCUCAGAGCGGUGGUUUUGAGGUUGAUCCAGACACUCAAAAGUAUUUGCUAGACUUAUAUUGGAAAUACCAACAUACGGGGCUACAGGUCUUCCAUCAGACCGCCUUCGAACGCGAUAUGGCAGCCGGGAAAACAAACUUUUACAGUAAAGCCCUUCUUUACUGCAUCAUGGCAUGCGCGGCAAGAAUAUCUUCUCGACCAAAAAUACGUGCCAUGGUUCUGCCACCCAUUAGGAUGCCCGGUAGCAGACAAGCACCUCCAAUGGCCGACCGGCAAUGUUUAUUUGCUGAAGCCUCGAGGUUACUUGAGGAGGAAAGAAAUCAAGCCCCUCGGAUCACAACGAUACAAUCAUUGCUAUUGCUAUCCGUUAUAUACUGUUCAUUUGCCGACGACAUGAAGGGUUUGUCACUAACAACGGCUGCUUGUCGCCUAGCAAUUGACAUGGGCCUUCACCGCGAUGUGUCAAAGGAAAAUUUUACACAACUUGAAAUGGAGGUACGCCAAAUUACUUUUUGGGGUUGUUAUGCCUUCGAUCGACUUUGGAGCCUGUAUCUUGGUCGCGCCCCCUAUUUGAGACUGGAUGAAAGUGUGACUAUCGCUCGACUACCGAGUACGGAUGUUAUACUACCCUUGCACUAUCUUAUCGCUGGUGCUUGGGUCUCUCUGUUGGAGCUGGUCGGAUUCGUCGUCGAGUAUUUGAAUAAAUAUGAACCCACCACGGCAAAAAUCAAUACUCUAAGUGAUCAACUUACCACUUGGUAUCGUCGUUUGGACCCUCAGCUACAUUACAAGAGUGAUGGGCUUCCUUCAAUUGCUAUUCUGCACAUGCAAUAUUGUGCAGCUAUCAUCGUCCUAUACCGCCCCCUUGCCGGUUUUGGAAAAGAGGACUCGCAAAAGCUACCGGGAGCGGACAAGUUUCGAGGCAUCUGUAUAGCACAUGCCAUCCAAAUCACCACAUACCUCACAGACUACCGGGCCUAUCAUAGAAACGCGACUACCCUAAGCGGAGUAGGCCUGCACAUCAUUGAAAUGGCUAGCACAAUUUUUAUUUCUGACAUCACGGAGCGGCACAAGACUACCGACGUGAGCCAAGAAUACUCCUACUUGGCCAUUUGCGUAAAAACCCUCCUAGAGUUAGAGCAGACAUUCCUAGUCGCAAAGAACGUCCGCAAAGUUCUCAAGAAAGUUUUCAAUCUGUGCAAUCUUGACACGGAUCGGAUAAAGCAGAUACUGAAGAACCCGAGCUGCGAUCUUGAGUCUUCCCCCGAUGACACUACAAACACGAAACCCGGACCCACAUUUGAAAACAAUGAUAAAGGCGAGGGAAAAAUCGAUAUGCCAACACAUGGAGAUCACCACUCUUCCACGGAACCUCAUAUGUCCUCUCAAAACACUGCGCAGAUUCCAGACCUUUCAUUCCCCACAAUGCCAUAUCCUCAGUUCCCUCAGCAAGAGAUCUUGUAUACAUAUAUGACACACAAUGAUAUGUAUCAGUUCGGAUAG